AUUCGUUUGUCACAGUUAAGCACAGCUGUCAAAUUUUGGUGUGUAGUACUUCCGCCCGAUAGACAGCAGCUUUCUUUUUACUUCUUUCGAGGAAACAACUAGCAACAUGAGUUCCCUCAAGCUUCAAAAGAGGCUAGCAGCCUCGGUUAUGCGAUGUGGCAAAAAGAAGGUUUGGUUGGAUCCUAAUGAAAUCAACGAAAUCGGAAACACGAAUUCCCGGCAAAGCAUUCGCAAACUAAUCAAGGAUGGUUUGAUCAUCAAGAAGCCGGUUGUGGUGCACUCGCGUUUCCGUGUCCGUAAGAACACAAUCGCUCGUCGUAAGGGUCGCCACUGCGGCUACGGAAAGAGGAAAGGUACGGCCAAUGCCCGUAUGCCCCAGAAGCUGCUGUGGAUGAAUCGUAUGCGCGUCUUGCGUCGUCUUCUGAAGAAGUACCGGGAGGCGAAGAAGAUCGAUCGUCAUCUGUACCACGAUUUGUAUAUGCGCGCGAAGGGUAACGUGUUUAAGAACAAGCGCAUCCUGAUGGAGCACAUUCAUAAGCGAAAGGCCGAGAAGGCUCGUAGCAAGAUGCUCAGCGAUCAGGCCGAGGCGAAGCGUAAUAAGGUGCGGGAAGCACGUAAGCGCCGCGAGGAACGUAUUGCCAACAAGAAGCAGGAGCUGCUGCAGUCUAUUGCUAAGGAGGAGGAAACCGCACAGCAGGUUGCGGCUACCGGCAAGAAAUGAAGUAUGAAAUUGUGCUGAGUGAAGAGGAUCGUUAUUAAAAUAAGGCAAAUACGAUAUAAAAUCUAACAAAGCCUCUGAUUCGAAGAAAAAUAUUGAAAUCAAACGAUUAACUAUAAUUUCCGUUUAUCGAAGGUUUUAAAUAUAUCACUUUGAAGAGGA